AUGGACGCUCUAAAAGCCGAAAUAGAACGAAAAAGGAAACAGUUAUUGGAAAACUCUGCUGUCAAUGCUGCCAAGAAAAGAUUUAGACGUGGUGACCUGGAAAAUAGCACGGACCUUGCUCGAGAGGAAGUAACCCAGGUUAUCAGAAGGCUUCGUGAACGCGGUGAACCAAUAAGAUUAUUCGGCGAAACCGACGCAGACGUCGUAGGAAGGCUUAGGAGAAUCGAGUUCAUGGCUCCCGAAGUGAAUAAGGGUCUUCGUAACGAUUUCAAAGCUGCUAUGGAUAAAAUUGACCAAGAGUAUCUCGAUGAACUUAUUAACCAACAAGUAUGCACAGAUGAUGACAUUAAAUGGAGUAAUUUUAUGUUCAUGUUUAAUGUUUCAAAAUGCAGCCCGAUACAACCGAUAAAAGUGAAGAGUAAGAAGGACCAAGAAGUUAUUUUAUCUGUUAUUAAAUUUAUAUUAGACUACUGGAAUAUGAAAUUAAAUCAAAGAACGGAAGCUGAAAAAAGAACAGUUACUCUUUAUCCUAUCCGUCUUGAGAAUAUAUCUCAACUGCUAUUUCCUCAGGGUAAACUACAAAGUGCUAUACACAAGCAAACGAAAAGAUAUAUGAAGCCGUUGUUAAAGAAAUUGAAAAAGAACAAAGUAGAAGAGAGUAUGCUGAGGGCUUUGACUGAAAUUGUUGUGAACAUGCUAGAUAGGGAAUACGUGAAGGCCAACGAUAUUUAUGUAAGGAUGGCUAUUGGUAAUGCUGCAUGGCCAAUAGGUGUUACUAUGGUCGGUAUUCAUGCUAGGACAGGCCGUGAAAAAAUUUUUGCACAGCAUGUAGCACAUGUACUGAAUGAUGAAACACAGCGCAAAUACAUACAGGGCUUCAAGCGUCUAAUGACUCGAUGCCAAAUGUACUUUCCUACGGACCCUUCAAAAUCAGUAGAAUACCAAGGUCACAACGAAUGA